AUGUUUUGGAAAUUAAGUUUAGUCCUGUUGGUGUUGCAUCAAAAUGUUGUUAACUCAUUGAAACUAUUAGUGACCAAUAAUGGCCCGGCAGUGCGUGGCUCAAAUGUUACAUUUACUGCAACCGUUUUAGGGUACUCUGGAGAAGAUCUUAAGUUUUCCUAUUGGGACGAUACUCAGCCACAACAUCGGCAAGAUAUAAUAAACAAUACUAAUGUAUCGACUUGGACUGUUGAAUAUCCACGAAGUCUUUACGAAGCGGGAGAGUUUUCAGUGACUGUAGAACUUAUGAAGAAUUUUUUUGGUCUAUGGAUUAAAGAAACAUCUGCUAGCACCACAUUUCAGUUAACAGAUUCUUUGCAUGGUAAUCUGUUAUUGAAGCAGAAUAAUACGACAAGACCCAACCGAUAUGUGGCCGUAAACAGCUCUGUUCAGCACAUGAUUCAAUUACCAGAUAACGAAAUUGAAUUUUUGAAUAAAAAUGCAUCAACUAUUGUCACAUAUUGGUUUAUUGAUUGCAUGUUUAUUGAUCAGACUACAGAUUUUUCAUUGAAUUACACUUAUCAGGACUUAAUGGCCAACCACUAUAUAGAUGUAUUGGUUGUUGCUAAUAAUGAACCUUUGCCACCCCUAACAACAACGACAACAACAACCACAACAACGACAACGACAUCAACAACCACAACAACAACAACAGUUAAACCAAUAGAACCUACUACUUCUAAUGUCUCUACAACAGGCACAUUUUUAAAUUCAACUCAUAAAAUAAUUAAGCGGCAGGUAGCCAAAAGUAAAUAUGCAAUCAAGGACUUCAUUUGUCACAAUUCAAGUAUUGUGCCUAUCGGUGACACAUAUACAUAUGGACAUUAUCAAGAAACAAUUAGUGUAAGAGAGUCGAUAACCACAGUGAAUAUAACCGGCAUGAACUGGUUGCAACAUGGUGAUCUUCUUAACUUACGAGUAAAAUACUCUGGAUCUCCACCAUUCGACUUUUGUGCCAUUUACAAACUCGGCCAGUACAAUGUAACAGGCAAUGAAACUUGUGCAGUGAAGUCCCGAACUGAGUCCAAUGUAUUUCCCCUGGUGCAUUACUUCUCUGAUAGUGAACAGCAUACUGUAGUUGUUGUUAUUGAAAAUGUACUUGGAAAAAGUGUUUCAAGAGCGACCAUUAAUAUUUAUAAAGCCUCUGUGCACGCUCAGCUAUCAGUAAUAGUGGUUCCUGUUGCAUUCUCCUUUGUAGCUGUUAUACUGGUCGUGUUUGGAGUUGCAUACUAUCAGCAUAGAUCGAGGCACACAGUGGAGGUAGCGGACUUCGAUUUCGGUCAGCAAGUGAACUUCGAUUACAAGACAUUCGCUGAACGUCUAAGGGACAGUUUCCGUAACGCUUUUAAUUUCCACAGAGACGAUACGGACCCACUCACAGAAGCGAGAUACGACUCUAUGUGA